GGCCGUGGCUACUAUGACUACCCCGGUAAGUCCUUGGUAGCAUCAGUCUCAGCUUGCCUACUGUUGAGAGAUAAACUCAAAAUACCAGUGCAAAGUUUUUAUAACAUAGUGAUAUAUCAUGAAUUUGGAUUAUUUGGAAGUGAACCAUUCAGCUAAUAACGCUAAAGUUUUUCACCAAUUUUCGACGCAAGUGAAGCAAGAAGCGGACUCGACGUCCCCUCUGUUAACCCCACCCCACACGCCAACCUACUCCCCACCACCGCAAAGAUAUCAGCCUUACGAACACUCAACACAACAUAGUUAUCACAGCACCAUGGAUCAACAAAGUUACCCCCAACAAUACCACGGCGUAGUGCCAUACCCAUACAACCAAGUGAUGAUGAACCAAUGGUUUAGAAACGCGGCUUUGUACCAUGCCAGGACGCAGUUCCAGGAUUUAAGGCAACCUAGAGCACCCCUUCCUGCCAAAGCAACAGGAGGUUCUACGCGACCCAAGAAGCAAUUCAUUUGCAAGUAUUGCAAUAGGCAGUUCACCAAGAGUUACAACCUAUUGAUUCACGAAAGGACUCACACUGAUGAAAGACCUUACUCCUGUGACAUUUGUGGUAAAGCCUUUAGAAGACAAGAUCACCUUAGAGAUCAUAGAUACAUUCACAGCAAGGAGAAACCAUUCAAAUGCACCGACUGUGGGAAAGGAUUCUGCCAAUCGAGAACAUUAGCAGUGCACAAGAUUCUACACAUGGAAGAAUCACCCCAUAAAUGCCCAAUCUGUUCGAGAUCCUUCAACCAGCGUUCCAACCUAAAGACCCACCUUCUAACCCAUACCGAGAAGCCAUUGGAGUGCUCGAUGUGUGCCCAAUUUUUCGCUACAUACGCCGACUUGAAAGCACACGAAAUAAAACACCAAGAGAAAGAUUCAACAACAAGUACGGUACCUGCAAGCUCCAUAUGCCUGGAUUUGACGAAGAAAACUACAGAACCAAAAAAAGUUAAACUAGGCUUCUCUAUAGAGGAUAUAAUGAAGCGAUAGGCUUUUUUUGUUAUAUAACUAUUUGUUACCAAAGAUUUUACCUCUAGAAUCAAAUUCAGCAUUAUUGUAGAUAGUAUUGUUAUUGAGACUGAUUUUUUUUAGUUAUGAUGAAGUUAAGUUACCCGAAAGCUAAAGAUUUUAAACGUCC